GGCUCGUAGUCAGCAGCGCCGGAUUCUUUCUGUGGGAUUUAUUCACUGCGCCAAUGACGUGGGAUAGCUAGGGAAGGUGCCGCAACUGUUUGGCUGCACUGGCAGCGAGCGCAGCUGGGCGGCUCCAGAAGGUCGUGGAUGAGCACCCAGAGAACAACUGGUAGCAGUAACCAGCUGGUGAGCAGCUGAAGAUACCUACCUUACAGGUGGUAGGUAGAGAUGUAGAUUAUUACUUCACAGACGCCGGUACUAUCUGUGAGCUGCGGUAGCAGUAGUACUGAGGUCCUCUCGAGCCUCUGAUCAGCAACUGUACGUUGUAUGCUGGUCGGACCUACAGUAUUGCCAUGCCUACCAGGUAGGGCUCUUCUUACAGCAUCCUCCAGAACGCGAGCCAGUUACUGUACCACUCUACUCAGUGUGGCUUGCAACUACAACGUACAACGGCGCUCCCCGGACACACCUCGAGACGAACGUGAAGACCAAAAAUGUCAAAACUCUGAUACGGCGACAGAUCAGCACGACGGAGUGAAGGCCUGCUCAUGACAGCUGGGUUGCGAUUUAUUUCUUUCUUUUCGCAUUGUUGGAUGAUUCAAAGUACUAUUGAACCCGGUCUUAUGACUAGGUCCCAGCCUCCCAAUAUUUGGCAGCUUCCUCCUCCACGAGACCCGUGUUUCAGGUGUACUGGCAACCAGAAAGAGCUGGAGCAAGAGUUGGAGUUUAUACCCCAUAUGUGGCUUUGUGCGUUCCCUGUUGCAUCGAGGAUUGAGCGAUGCGAAGAUGAAAUCCAGCGGCGAUGAGACGCAGGAAAACCUACGUCCUUCUCAGCACCUGUUGAAUUCAGUAUUGUACCCAGAAGCACCUUGUCAUUGCUGAGUACGACUUCGAUUGACGGCUAUUUUCUGUGGAAAUCUGCUAGAUGAUUGUAUGCACAACGUACGUAGGUACGGACUGUGUAUGUAGACCCUUCGGUAUGCUGCACUGCUGGCCACAACUGCAACCCAGACAUCUGGGCAGGUGUGCAAUUCAGCAAUGGUGUAAUCUUGCAUUUCGCUGUCUGCCUCACUAUCUAUCUGAGUGAUUUAUUUUCUCCUGGCGGCGAUGUCGCAGUGGGAGUGGCUUGCAGAUGGCAUUGUUCACCUCUUCAGCGUUUCAGCCCUCUGUCGACUGCUUUCUGGGCGAUGCCGAACACCGUUCGCCUUUCCCGGGGUUUCAUCACAGGGUCUCCGAUGGCUCGAUAUUCACGAUCCUAUUCUCUUUACGAACCCAUGCCGGAACAUGGGAAAGGUGGACCGACCCACGCUGACUUCAUUACGUCGCAUCAUUUACGAGCAUCAUCACUGGCGAACUAGUUGACGGCGGCUUUUGGCGACGGUGGAUGUAUGGGUCGCCGAAAAGAACUAGCUGGUUCUAGCUAGCCGUGCAUCGAUCUAUUGAUGGUGGUCAUUUGAACACAUUUUAUUCGGGUGGGAAUGUAACACUUUGUAUCGCAAGGUCGUCGUGGACUUCAAACGACGAGCCAUUUUUGAACCCUGACAUCGAGACAUCGGGGCGACGUCGUUGCUUGCUCCGACAUGGUAUCCCCAGCUUGCCGGCACCAGUCGCCGGCCACGAGUCCUUAACGGGCAACUUUUGCUACUGCCCACAGAGAGCAGCAGUAAGCUGGGACUUCCGCUACCUCCCACACAGGGCCGUGCAAAGGCCAGAGCUCGGCGUCAUCGACCUCUACCACUACCUACCUUUCGGACUACUAACCGACACUUCACCUUGCAUGAUACCAGACGGCGUACAUCCGGAGCAUACCUUAUUUCUUGCAUGGCAAGAUGGACCAGAUCGUUGAGCUCAGACUCGGCCGGUCCCUGUGUGCGUUGCUCUCCAGGACCUAGCCCAAAAUCAAAAUAAACCUGGUGGCUCUGCCUGGGUCUGAACCAGCCAGCUAUGGUUCUUUGGGAGAUUCAAAACACCAGUUAAGGCCCACCCUUUGAUUGAAAGCAUAGGACGUGAAUUUCACUAGCGCCACAAGCGCUGGGUUAUGCGGGUGCCGGCGCAUAUCCAGGUGGUGCUGCCACAAACCCUGGCCCGGCUAGCCCACUGGGACCUAAAUUGGAAUGUUUGGCCAUGUAAACAACAGCAAAUGUUGUGGAAAGAAAUUGCAACGACAGGAUUUCACCGCCGGCACCGACUGGGCCAGUCCGAGUACUCUGGUCUGUGCCCGUCAGCCUUGUACGCUGUACGCAGAUCAACGACAAUAAUAAUAUGUUGCUGGCACCUUGUUAUUACUGUACAAUAAUGUAUCAUUCGAUUACUAUCUUGCGCGGAUCCAACCCAUGGAGCACGCAUCUCCGUGGGCGCCAUAGGCUACUGUCGUAGUUGCGAAACUGGAUGUCCAUCUUGAGAUUGCCGUCGUUCCCUUUUUUUGACCGAGCACCGAGCUGGAACCUUUUUUGAACUUCCUCGUCGCUGAAGAGUCGCACGGAGUUCGGUGCACAGCGGCUCGAUAAGGAUAUGUCGGCUCUGCUUUACAGUUGGGACUGGGUGUAGUAGUGGUGGAGGCUUCACCGUCUGUUGCGGCAUUUUUCUGGAAAACCCGGCCGACAAAAUCGGCAUCCACCCCACGACUUUUGGUUCAUUUAAUCCACUCAAGUCCUGUAGAAGAUUCCUGUGGAGGCUGCUUUUGUGCCUUUCACAACUCGUUCACCGUGGCCCUCCGUCCUCGGUGCUAACAUCGAGACGAGUGCCGGCGCAUCUCCGAAAGAGACGUUGCCGUGGCAGCCCGCCACACGACCAUGCAGCAUGCCGUUUAAAGGCGCUUGAUGAUCUGUCUGUCUUUGAUCCCACCGUAUUUCAUGAGGGAUUAUGCGGUCCGUGGACAGACAUCCGAGAGCGAAAUAUGAGUUGUGAACCGCGGAGUUCGAGAGGCGAAACUUUGCAAUAUCUGGACGAUGCAGAAGUGCUUUUCCUGGAGGCCAUCUUGUCGUGAGGCCUGAUGCGCCUGCGCCGACACUCAAAUCCUUUCGACUGGACUGCGCCUGGCAUGUCUUGUUGUCCUUACCAUCCUCGUCCUCCGGACACAAGCGGAAAUGCCUUGUAUGACUACUGCAUGGUGAAAGCGCAUUGAAUUGUUGUCUGCCAUCUCCGAGUGUGGUCUGCAUCAAGGCCGCCGUUCGGCGACUCCUCGAGGCCUCAGAAUAUGAGGAGAUGAGGCGCCGGAUGUAACCACAUUCGAGUCGCAAACGCUGCGUCGUUUUGCGCCAUUCUCCUCCCAACGCAACCGAACACAACGAUGAGGCCUCAGGGUCGAUUCUGAGUUGGUGAACGUGGCUUGAUAAAUGCUUAUGUGCUGGUAAAAUGUCCAAGAGAGCAUCAUCAUGUAUGGUUUUUUUGGAGCGCGCGAUGUUGCUGGCUGCUGUGUGCCAUCUUCCACUCUGCAGCCUACACUCUCUUGAGCUUGCCGUGGAUUCAAUUGAGCAGAUAGGCACGAAUUAUAUCAUACAAAAUGACUCGUGCCUUGCCUUGCACUUGCAGUCAAGAUUCUGCGAUGAUAACAACUCUUCGAAUGCCAUACAUACCAGGUAUUUAUGGCAAAGAUGCGCUUCCCGGGCAGAAUCUUCACCCCGAAAAGACCUGUCAAGGGUCGAAUCACGACAGUCAGUUGCUGGUCACCCUCCAAUAUGUCUACAACAGCCAUCGCAUCCAUGGGGUUUUUUCCAUGGGGUUUUUUUGUUAGGCUUUACACGUGCCACAUGGUAUAUGCUUGGUUCCAGUGCGACAGCACCAACUCCCGGCUACAGUUCAUGGCUUGGUGCACAGAUGCCGCCUUCAGAGGCAGAUGCGGUCGAUUUGUCGACGGAGCAAGGGUCGCAUGGCCUUGCCGCCCCCUGCUCAACGGCCAGCGUGGGGUUCUGCAACAACUGAAUGGGUUACUAUAGUAUUCCUGCAUCAAGUGUGAUAUCGCGUCGGGCAACGAUACCCGCUUCGAAUUCCUCCAGCUGCACACCCCGCACUCAAAGCUGCCUUUCGAAUGUCACGAUGACAUGACCUGGAGAUGUCAACGCGAACAUGCGCAUCACCAUGAUGUAACCGAAAGGGCCGAAUGCUGAGACAGACUGUCCGAUUUGCCCGCUGCCUCGCUUCAGGCUAAGCUUUCAGUGGCGCGAUCACUGAUCGCUUCUUGCUCUGCAGGAAGAUGCAUGCGGCUGCAAGGAUACCGCUGCACACCUUAUCAGGCACUGCAGCUCUCGAAAAACGACGAGUCGGGUUGAAAAAACCUAUCUCGACAAAACUAUAACCUAGCGGCAUGACAGCAUCGUUGCCUCCAGGAUACUGUUCCCUGGGCAUUAUUGCCGACGUUCGAGGCCGUUUAGGCUGCGAAAGAGUUCUCGCAAAGGGAACAAAUUACGUCUAUGUGCAGAGCUACACUGAUUACGACUUGACUUGAACUGCUACACGUACCUAUACCUAGGUACUGUGCACCUCAUAAUGGCGACCGGUGCAUCACGUGCACCUUCAAACACGGGAACCCCUUGUGAGUCCUCCAUUCUCCAUUACCUCGAUUCUCCAUUCCAGGCGCAACCGAACAGCAGAUGCUAGCUGGUGUCUCCAUUGCCCAUAAGAUGUCUACGUAUGAGGUAAGGAACUUGGCACUCUUGUAGUGUGGAACGAAACAGACUCGUUGUCCGAGUCGCAUGGCAAUCGGGCAAUAUGGAUUUCAAGGGGCAGGACGGGGACAAGGCUGUCUUCCCUUUCCAUGCGAUAUGCACUUGGAGACCACAGCGCGCAGCGUGACUUAAUGUCUCAGCAGCGCCUUGUGCGCCUCGGACAAUCUUGCUCGAUGGUUUCUUUAGCCUUGUCUCAGCUGUCUGAUUUCGCACCUCUUUCAGGGCAAUUCCUGAAGGCCGCACGUCGGUAGAAGCGGGUUACAUGCUUUCUGCUCAAGUUGCUUCUUGAUAGUACAGGUGUUCUAUCCCUGUAUAAGCCGAACUCGAAGGGGAAGUGAGUUACAUGCAACACUGGGGUGCGACCACGCAAGCGGUUGCCUCUGCCAUGGUUGAUACUACUAGGUCGUAGUAUCAUGAACUGCAGGCCUCGCAUUUCUCUUGUUCAAUUCUUGCGUUGCGCCUUCCUUGAUUGUGCUCUCACGCGGCUUCUCAAGUUCCUCUCCUUCCUUGCUGCCAUCUUGCAUUGCGCCUGCGCCUGCGACCUCAAGCUCUGUCUUUUCUGUCAUAUCCAUCUCUUCUUCACCUUUCCUUCACCCGGCUGGAACUUUUCUUCUUCCUGCAUCCUCUCCAUUCCGGCUCACUUCUUUACACUCUCACUGCCAGUGUUGGUGCUUUGCUACAUCUGCUCCGCCUUCCUCACCCAACCGGUCUCUUCAGCUCUCCAGAUAUCUCCCACAUUCCCCGUGCUACAAUGUGGCUCCAGACCGUCUUAGUUCUGGCCAUGGCCGUCCUAGGUCUCUCUGCCGUUACACCCACACCUGCUUGUACGGCAUAUUCAAAGCCUCCCGCUUCGCCAGGCUGCACCUUGAGCUUCACUCCCUAUAUUCCCCCUCAGAGCGGUCCAACGACCACAAUCUAUGGUGGAAUCAUGACUCAGACCAUCUAUGCUGUACAGUGUGGCCUAUGCAAUGUCACAAACAUCGACAAUAAUCUUGAGCCAGUGGGCCCUUUCACCACCAAAACCACCAGCUCCAUGCUUACAGUCACCCGUGUCCAAUGCAUUCCGGAAAUGUCGGUAACUACCAGAGGAGUCGUCGGACGCCAGGAAAUUUCCAAGAGAACAGCGCCUCAGCCCGACCACCACAACUAUCCACGGGGCCUUAGCAAGCCACAGGCUUUUCGUCGGGCGGAUGUCAAUACCAUGCUUGAAGAGGUGGCUGCUUUUAUCACUGAUGUCGCUCCGAACGCUCAGAUUCUGUCAGGCCCGGCAUUAGAUUCAAUGCAAGAGAUCAUCUCGGCCAUGUUUGCUCUCAACGUUGCAGAUUCCGGCAUGAAUGUCGGCCUCGCAUGUCAACAAGUCCAGACAACCCAAGCUCGAAUGGAAAUGCUCGAUUCAGGACUCAAGCCUGAUUUAAUCAGAAACCUUCUUUGCUGGAUUGCCGAUCACGGCUAUGACUUCAACAGCAAUCGCCAGACUGUAUAUGCUACUUUACAAGCUGCUCUCUGGGGGUUGGGGGUCGCUUCCGGAUACACAACCAACAGAACCGAGAUUUGUGGCAAUCUAGGUGUUUUCAACACCAUAGGAGACUACUUGGGAAUCCAUGUUGCACAAUAUCAGACCAUUGUCUGCAGCAACCUUGCCCCCGCCAUCGUGUCGAAUAGCAGCUCUCUGAACUCUACCAGUACCACCCCUGAUGCUUCAGGCAAUAUCACAACCCCGACCCCAUUGCCAACACCAUCUUCGAAUGUAACCUUAUGGGGUUCCGGAUCGUCCUGGCCAGCACCCAACAUCACCACCUGGGGACCACCCAUCUCCGUCUCUUUCACUGGCACGCUUGGCACAGGUUGGUCCGGAAGUGGAAAUCCUCAGACCAACAAUGUGACCACUACGACUGCUUCGGCUGCAGCGUCCGGCACAGUAACCGGAAGUCCUCAAACCGCCAACGUCACUGUGCGCACUGGUACUGGUACAGGUUUGGGCACAGCAACCGAACUCACUCAGAGCUACAAUAGUAGUUUGACCGCGAGCGUUGGGGUCGGAUCAAAUACCGCCACUGAUAGUCCUCUGAUCAACAACGUCACCCAGUCCAGUGGUACAUAUGGACCUUUGGACACGACAUUUGAGUCAUCGUACCAGUCGUCUAUUGCACCAUGCAUGCCCCCUACACCAACUGCCAAGCUGUUCUUCCCGGCCGUCUCAACGACCAACAGCCACUACCUUUUCAAACGCUACUAAGGGACUUGGACAUGGCCGGAUGAAGAGUCAAGGCAUCUUGGCUCAAAGAAGUCUGGGUGAGGUCGAGAAGGAGAGCUGGGCAGAAAUCCCAAAUGAACAUAUCGUAGAUUAAGCUUGGGGUGUGAGGAUGGUUGCAUGAUAGAAGAUUAGAUCAGGCUGGGCUCUACAAGAACAAGAUCCGUAUGAUAGAUCGAGCAGUGGUAUUAAGGCAUAACAACUUGAAUGUAUUGAACUUUUAAUAGACGCCAGCGCAGAACAUGUCUGGCUCUCUUGUUGCCCUUGAAAAAAAGAAACGUCGUCGGAUAUUGCUCUACAUACGGUACAAAAGCCCCCGCCGUGGUCAACACCGACUUUGGUGGCUUUAGGACCUGGCAUCUCGGGUUGCUGCUCGCAAGACACGUAAAAUGCCUAGUAACGGUACAUGGAGUCCCCAGAAUGUCAGAAACGGA